UGCUUUUCAGCUUCAGCUUAGCGCAGCCAGCAUCUCUCUCUCUCUCCGUAAUAUUAAAGAUGCUCGGAGCGCGUCUUUGCGUCCGUACAGUAUCGGGGUUCGGGACCUUAAGCGAUCAAGGAAAUGCGAGCCGUUCGAGCUCGAACCCUGGCUCGAUUCGGUUUGGUGUGGGGGCAAAACGGUGUCGUAGGCUCCUCCCAAUCCUCGUCGUUUCUUGCAAGUCUUCCCGCGGAACAGCAGGCUUGGGCGGCGGAUCCGGCAAUGCUGGCGAUGAUAGCGGCCACGAGUUUCUCGAAGCUUCUCUCCUUCUCUCAGAAACAUUCUUGCAUUAUCGUAUGUGGAAGCAAGGAUUUCUAAAAGAGAGGAAAUGGCAGUCCUGGCCUGGUCAAUUGGCUCCCUUUUCAGGCCAAGGAAAAAAACCUCGAGUUGGUGUCGAUUUAAUUGGAAAGGAUCUUUUUCACCACUUUCAGAGUCCUACGAUCUUCCUCAAGAUUUCUUGUGAUGGAGAGUUUUUGCUACCGAUUAUUGUAGGGGACUCUGCUAUUCAAAAACUUAUAGAGCCACAAUUGGAAGAUAAGAAUGGGGAUUCCCCAGAUCAAUUCCAGUUUGUCAGAAAUCUCUUGGAAAAACUAGACUAUGAAGUCAAUAUGGUGAGAAUUACAGAAAGGGUGAUUAAUACUUACUUUGCCAGACUAUAUUUUAGCAAGCCUGGGAAAAAUGACAUUCUAAGUGUGGAUGCACGUCCCUCAGAUGCCAUAAAUGUGGCAAAUCGAUGCAAGGCUCCUAUAUAUGUAAGUAGACAAAUUGUCUUGACAGAUGCUAUUAGAAUUGGUUAUGGAAUGGGCGGAAUACGUAAUACUAAGUCUACGAAGUCUACAUAUGAUGUCUCUCUUGACAGUGCUGCAGAUGGUCCUGAUAUACUAUCUGAGGAGCUUGAUUUGGUGAAUAAUAUGAAUUUGGCUGUCAAAGAAGAAAGGUACAAAGAUGCAGCCAUGUGCCGAGACAAACUAGUGAAGCUUCGCGAGUCAAUACAUUAACACUAACCAAUUACAAGGAUAACUUAUUCUUGGAGAACUUUUGUUGUAUCUUUUCAGUAGGAAUACUAGAAGUGUCACGAAUGCCCUGAGGAAUCAGUUGAUGUAUAAAGAAACUUCAAAAUUAUAGUAUGUACAGGAAAUGUUGUUCUUUGUAGGUAGAUAAAAAAUCAUGUAUUUAAUUUAAUAUUCUAGCCAUGUAGAUUAUCAAAACACUCUUACCUGGAGAUGUAAUUUCCAAAGCCAUGUAGAUUAUCAAAACACUCUUACCUGGAGAUGUAAUUUCCAAAGCCAAAUACAGAUUGGUUUGUAUGUAAUUCUUCACAAACGAUGUAUGACAAGACACUCCAUUAAUUCCAUCUAA